UCCCCAACAGGCACAGGCCAGAGCUUGGACACCCAGCAUGUGGGCACAGCUUAUGAGGAGGACGCUGCUCAGUAAGUACUUCCUUCCUCCCCACCAACACCCACUUGCUGUGAACCACGGGUGCUAGCGGGGAGCAGGGAUACCCUCUGUCCUCCGGGAGCUGGGGAGACCCGGCACCUGGCAGAAGGAUGCUGAGACUGAAAGAGAACCAGGAGGUCAGGCAACAAGAGGGGUCCACUGAGAACACGGCAUCUUCAUAGGGUGGGGAAUGGGUAUCCUAGGAGGGCUUCCAGAGGGAGGCAAUAUAGAGGCAACUCAGAAAGCCAGGGGAGUGAAGGAAGGGGCGGAUUGGGUGAGAGACUGGGGAAGCAGGAGGGAGGUGGGAGUCGUUCUGUGUAGAGGAGGAAGCUGCAAAAGCUGAGCAGAAAAAUGGUGCAAUGUCUGGAGGGGCCUCCUUCUUGCCUUGAUUUGCAGGGUCUGGGAUGAAUAGACACAGUCAGCCAGGCCCAGGGGCCCUGGAGCCCACACAAUCACACAGCGCACAUAGCCACACCCACAGGGUGACACACACAGAGCCAUGUGACAUCAUCCAGAGCCCUCAAUCUUGCCAACCUGGGAACCCCUGCGUGCAGUCCUGGGCCCCACGGUAGAUGAGGCACAGCUGAUCCCUUGAGCCUCACACAGACCUGGACACACACCAGGCAGAUGCCCUGGUCCCACAUGCAUACUCAGAAGAUACCUGGGGAGGCGGUGAGGGGAGCCCUGUGGUCCCUGCGCCUGAGAGCCCAGCCCCUCCACCCUCCUCAGCAGCAUCUUCCCCAAGGGCCGGAUGAUUCUUAAGAAGGGAACAUGGUGUCACUGCCUUCCGGGCCCGUUGCACCACAUGCCCCUUCCGACUACGUGGCUGCUGGUGAGUGGGGGGAGGCAGGCGAGCGGUAAUUGUGCCCAGCUCCCCCCCAGCUCAUUCCGACAGGCUCAUAGCAUCCCCGUGGGGGGCCUGACAGGAGUGGCCACUGAUGGAGAGAGGAGGAAGGCUCAAGGUUAGGGGACAGGCUGGCCUUGUGUAACUUGGGCAACUCUUCAGCUCCUUGGUUUUCCUGUCGGUAAAGCGGGGUCUGUCACAGGGGGCCCAGGGUCCUGUGGCAAUAGCUAUCCCUCAGCCUGGAGGUCUGGUAGAGAGCAGCCCCACCUGGUCCACCCCAUGUCAGCUCCUGAGGUUGGCAGGUUGGUAGGCACAGGAGCUUCAGCCAGGCCCUACAACCUCCUCUCAAAGGCCUACUUGGUGGAUCGCAGCCACUGUUUCAGGUGCUGGGCAGUAACUCACUGGACAGGUGUCGGUGGCCCUGGCAGGUGCUCCUAUGCACAUGCAAUGCCCAGUGUCCCCCUUCCAUGGCACAAAGCCUAGGUGAGGGGUUGCACCCUCCCCGCUGAAAGCCAUCCAUCUACAUGGCUUCCUCACCAAGUCAGGUGACACCCCCUUUUUCUGCCCCAGGUCUGAUCCUCAGACUCCUGUUCCUGAGCCCAGUGGUCAUGGGCAACUGCUCAGGCGAUGGCCAACAGCUCCUCAAUCAGCUGCAGAACCAGGCGAAGAUCAUGCAGGACCCCAGCGUGCUCCUGGACCCCUAUAUAUCCACCCAAGGCCUUAACGUGUCUAAACUGGGAGCGCACUGCCUAGAGCGCCCCGGGGUCUUUCCCAGCAAGCAUGACCUGCAGGGGCUCAGCAGGAGGGGCUUCUUGCAGACCCUCAACACCAAGCUGGGCCAUGUCCUACACAGACUGACUGAGUUCCAGCAGGACCUCCAAGUGCAGACUUUGCUGAGGGCGAAGAUGAAUAUCAUUGGGAUCAGGAACAACAUCCACUGCAUGACCCUGCAACUUCAAGGCUCCUCGGACGUGGUUGAACCCACUCCGGCAGAACUGGAGAUCUCGCCACUGCCCACCCUCGCCUCAAAUGCCUUUCAGCGCAAGUUGCAGGGCUGCCAGUUCCUGCACGGCUUCCACCGCUUCAUGCACUCGGCGGGGCAGGUCUUCCACAAGUGGAGGGAGACCCCAAGCCGGAGGAGCCGGAGACACAGCCCCCGACGGGCCCUGAAGAAGGAGGCUCACAGGGUGCAACCCUCCAUGAGGGGCAAGAGACUCAUGCCCAGGGAGCAGCUGCCCCGGUAGCCUUAGGGGCCCCAAAGCAGGUGAAGGAUCAGCAGGUGCUCAGGAUGGUGCCUCCCUGGGGUCUCCGAACCUGCGUCCCAUCUCUUAGAAGUGCACUUUAAGGGGCGAGAGCCAGGUAGGCUCCUCCACCUCCUCCUGGACUGGGGAGAUAGGAUCAGACUAUUGUGCCUCCCCAGCCCUGAGUUCCCCAGUCUCAGUUGGGUGGCUGGGUCAGGCCACGCGGGGCCAACUUUCCAUUGAUUCAGGGGUCUGAUGACACAGGCUGACUCAUGGCCAGACUGACCGCCACCCCCCACUCGGCUCCCCGGAGGUCUGCCGGCUCUUCCCUCUCAUGACUUGCAGAGCAGUUACCCCCAGACUUCCUCCUUUCCGUGGCGGCAUGGUUCCGAGGGGGAGGUCAGAGCCUGAGCUGGCCUCCUAUGCCUCAUGCCAGUCUCAGGCCACACACCUGGACGUCUGGGUGAUCUCACUUUUGGCAGCUAUGACAGGGGCAGAGUGUCCUGGAAGAAGCACUGAUCUAGGAAGUUCAAGAAAAGGGGCUCAGGUCCCAGCCUGGCCCCUAACGCUGUGUGGCCUCAGGCAGGCCACUUUACCUCUCUGGACCUCAGUUUUGUCCUUGUGAAUCGAAGGGGUUGGGGAGUGUGUAAAGCCCUCUCUGCCUGUCAGCUGCUGGGACUCAUCGACAUAGGACGGAUUUCACAUUCUUUCCAUAAAUUGGGACACGCGGUGCAAAGGGACAGGGGUGCAGACUAAAUUCUUUGUGGGAGACCUCUCAGCGCCUGGAAGCGCCUGGUCUUGGGUUCUGCUGACUGCUCCCCCUGGUGGUGAGUCUUGAAAUGUUCUCAUACUGAAACCAUUGUCCUAAAGGUUUUUUGACCAAUUCCUUGGAGGGACAUGAUUAAUUUAUCAAUUUUUAUCAGUUUUUUUUUUUUUUUUAAUUUAUGAAGCUUAUUUAUGAUGUGUAUUUAAUGUUAAUAUUGUGCUAACAAAUAUUUAAAACUUGCCUGGUUUCUAAAGCCUCUGUGUCUCUGUUGCCUGGUGGGAGAGGAUUUGGGGGAAGCUGGUCUC